UUGUUUUCAUUGAUAUCCACAGUUUUCCACGUGUUUUUUUUGGGGGGGGGGUUUAACCUGAGUUUCCCCCGGAAAAUGUUAGACCACCAAAAACAAACCAUGAAUACAAGCAAAAUCUGCAAAAAGAGCAAGAAAACCGAAUCAAUAAUGACUGAAGAAGCCCAAAUUACUAGAAAAGUUCGGAUCAUCAUCCAUGAUCCUUACGCAACUGAUUCGUCUUCGAGCGAAGAUGAGACCGAUGAAACUGUCCCUAGGGGAAGAAGAUUUGUUCAUGAGAUUAGGGUUCCUGUUAUAGGGUUGUUUCCUGUGGUUAAACCCCUUGAAUCUGAGACGUCUUCUCAAGACAGUAACACUAAAUCUACGACUAGCAGGAAAAGGGUUUUGAGUAAAAUCCUCGGUGACAACAAAUCUCCUGUGUUGAAGGCUAAAAAACCUGUUGGUGUUCGUCAAAGAAAGUGGGGCAAAUGGGCUGCUGAAAUCCGGCAUCCAUUGAAGAAAACCAGGAUUUGGUUGGGUACUUACGACACACUUGAAGCAGCAGCCAACGCUUACAAUGCUAAAAAGCUUGAAUUCGAGGCUCUGGCUGUUGCUGCUUCACCUGAGAAAACCAAUGACCUUUCAUGCUCUGCAGCUGCUUCAAUAGAGUCUGAGAACCUUUUAUCGCAUACUUCCCCAUUUGUGCAGGAAACAUCGGUUUCGGUCUCGGAAAACAACAAUGAUGAUUGCAUUGGUGCCAACAAAGAAGUGUUCAAUGCUAACUUUGACGAUAUACCUAUACCCGACCUUGGUUUCAUCAAUGAUCCAUUACUGCCUGGUUCUGUUGGCCAAGAACUCAACAUAGAUGAUGAUGCCGGUGACUAUAUGUUCGUCGAUGAUUUUGGUAUGAUGUUGGAGGAUUAUUGCAGUAUUGAAGACCUGAGUAUUUGCGGUAUUGGUGCUGACGAACCUAGUGAGUUACCUGAUUGCGAAUUCGGCACCGAUUUCCUUUUUGAUGAAGUUUCCGUCCCCCUCAACAUAGCUUGCCCAUAAGUUUUGUACUUAGGAGAAGUUUAGUAUUAUAAGCGUGCUUAUCUAUUACUAGUUUCAAGCUGUUAAUUCAGGGACUCACCAAAAUGAGUUCUUAGUUUUGAGAGUGAGUUUCUAAAUCCGUGUUUGCUGAGUUGAAAGUGAAAUGAGGCCGAGUCAGAUCAUUCCCUUAGGUUUUCUUGUGCUGUGGAGCCGUCCUAAGGUAAAGUGCUUGAUCUUUUAAGCACCAUUGAUAACAGGUUAUUGCUCAUUCUAGCAUGUUUUAAGAUUCUAUGUUCAAGGAUUAUCAAGGUUUGUUGAAAUAAACAAACAAAGCUUGAAGAGUAGUAUAUAUUCUGAGGUCCAUAUAUAAUUGUGGUUGAACAUUACAUUUA